AUGCUGACUAUAACAAAUUACCUUCAAUACUUCUCUUCUUUCAAUCUAUCUUUCUUUCUUGAACCAUCUUUUCUAUCUGUACUAUAUUCUCUCUUACCACUUACACACUACUCUCCCUCUCUCUCACCACUUACACACUACUCUCCCUCUCUCACCACUUUUUUUCUCCCUCUCUCUCACCACUUUUCUCUCCCUCUCUCUCACCACUUGCACACUACUCUCCCUCUCUCUCACCACUUGCACACUACUCUCCCUCUCUCUCACCACUUGCACACUACUCUCCCUCUCUCUCACCACUUGCACACUACUCUCUAUUUCUCUUACUAUUUGCAUACUACUCUUUCUCUUACCACUUUCACACUACUCUCUCUUUCUUUUACCACUUUCACACUACUCUCUCUUUCUUUUACCACUUUCACACUACUCUCUUUCUUUUACCACUUUCACACUACUCUCUCUUUCUUUUACCACUUUCACACUACUCUCUCUUUCUUUUACCACUUUCACACUACUCUCUCUUUCUUUUACCACUUUCACACUACUCUCUCUCUCUCUCUCUCUGUUACCACUUUCACACUACUCUCUCUCUCUCUCUCUCUGUUACCACUUUCACACUACUCUCUCUCUCUCUCUGUUACCACUUACACACUACUCUCUCUCUCUCUGUUACCACUUACCCACUACUCUCUCUCUGUUACCACUUUCAUGCUACUCUCUCUCUCUCACACUACUCUUUCUCGUACCAUUACACACUACUCUUCCUCUCUCUCAAUUAGCACUCAUUCACUACUCUUUAUCUCUCUUACUACUUGCACAUUGCUCUCACUCUUUGACCACUUACACAUUAUUUUCUCUAUUACUGUUUACACUCUAGACUCUCAGCACUACAUACUAUUUACUCUCUAUGACUGUUUACUAUCUUCUCUCUCCCUCUACUAUCAUUGCUUACUAUUUUCUCUCUCUCUCUAUGGCUAUUCAGUAGUUUUCUCUCUCUUUCAUCUACGAUGUUUACUAUUUUCUCUCUUUCUACUAAGACCGUUUACUAUUCUCUCUCUCUGCUAUGACCACUUACUAUUUUCUCUGUCUCCUAUGACUGCUUACUAUUCCCUCUCUCUCUCUACUAUGACUGCUUUCUAUUCUUUCUUUCCUAUGACCACUUACUGUUUUCUCUCUCCUAUGACCACUUACUAUUUUCUCCCCCCCCCCCAUGACUACUAUUUUCUCUCUCUCUCUACUAUGGCCACUUACUAUUUUCUUUGUCUCUAUGAUCACUUACUAUUCUCCACUCUCUCUAUGGUCAAUUACUAUUCUCUCUCUAUGACCAUUGCACACUAUUUUCUCUCUGAAUGA